AUGGCUAACAUGGACAGAAUAUCCAACGUGGAUCAAUUCUUGUUGAACGACAAAAUAGCUUCGGCCGAACUUCUGGAGUCUUGCAGAGUUAUGCUUGUUGGGGGUGCAGAAACAAUGGCAACUGUCGUCUCUGGAAUGUUUUAUUACCUACUGAGUAACUCAAGUGCUCAUUCAAUACUCAAGGCUGAGAUUCGUUCGCAGUUCAAGUCCGCGGAUGAGAUCAAUGGAAACACUGUGCAGAAACUCAAGUAUUUGUCUGCAGUGAUCAAGGAAGCUUUACGUAUGUUUCCACCAUUACCAGGCAAUCUUCGACGAAUAACUCCACCAGAGGGUUGUAUGGUUGGAGGACAGUUUGUCCCUGGUGACACCAGCGUCGGUGUUCACAUCUUCGCCGCAAACUACUCAACUCACAACUUCAACAAAGCCACAGAUUUUCGUCCUGAACGAUGGAUUUCGAAAAUCCCGGAGGAGUUCCAGUCUGACAACCGCUCUGCAAUGCAGCCAGUAAGUCCUGGUAGUCUUUCUAUUUGCCACAGCCUGAUUUGUGUAUAG